AUGAAGACGGAGUUUAAGUUCUCCAACCUUUUAGGGACUGUCUACAGCCAGGGAAACCUGCUUUUCAGUCCAGAUGGCACUUGCCUCUUUUCGCCGGUAGGAAACAGGGUCACGGUUUUCGACCUCGUAAACAAUAAAUCGCAUACUCUUCCUUUCGCACAUCGAAAGAAUAUCGCAAGAAUCGGCCUUACACCGCGGGGUAAUCUGCUCCUCUCAGUUGAUGAAGAUGGCCGAGCGAUCCUAACGAAUGUUCCGCGGAGGGUUGUCUUGCAUCAUUUCUCAUUCAAAUCACCGGUCUCCGCACUUGCUUUUUCUCCCUCUGGACGCCAUAUUGCUGUGGGAGUUGGACGGCAUAUAGAAAUAUGGCAUACGCCCUCAACACCGGAUCAAAGUCCGGAUGGAGAGUUGGAGUUUGCGCCGUUUGUGCGCCAUAGGGUAUUUGCGGGCCAUUUCGAUACGGUGACAAAUUUACAGUGGUCAGGGGAUUCUCUCUUUCUUUUAAGUUCCGCCAAAGAUCUCACUGCGCGGAUAUGGAGUUUGGAUCCCACACCUGGAUUUGUGCCAACCACACUGGCAGGACAUAGAGAAGGCGUGAUAGGCGCGUAUUUCUCAGAAGACCAGGAGACGAUAUACACUAUUAGUAGAGAUGGAGCGGUGUUCCAAUGGAACUAUCUAGGUCGGCCAAAGGCGUCGGAGGCUGACGAUGAAAUGGAAGAGGACGGCAAUGACGAAAGAUGGAGGAUUACAGAACGCCAUUACUUUAUGCAGACCAAUGCAAAGGUAAAGUGCUGUGUUUUCCACCCAGAGUCUAAGUUAUUAGUCGCCGGGUUCUCGAAUGGAGUAUUUGGUCUCUACGAAAUGCCGGAAUUCAACAUGAUACAUACUCUCAGUAUAUCUCAAAAUGACAUCGAUUUCGUCACGAUCAACAAGACAGGAGAAUGGUUAGCUUUUGGAGCCUCCAAACUGGGCCAACUUUUGGUCUGGGAAUGGCAGUCAGAAUCAUAUAUUCUCAAGCAACAGGGACAUUUCGAUUCGAUGAAUGCCUUGACUUACUCGCCAGACGGACAGAGAGUUGUUACCACCGCAGACGAUGGAAAGAUCAAAGUCUGGGAUGUCAACUCGGGAUUCUGCAUCGUGACUUUCACAGAGCAUUCGAGUGGAGUCACGGCUUGCGAAUUUGCGAAACGUGGAAAUGUACUCUUCACAGCGAGUCUUGAUGGUUCAAUCAGAGCGUGGGAUCUGAUCCGGUAUCGAAAUUUCCGAACCUUUACAGCUCCAACACGUCUGUCAUUCUCCUGUCUGGGUGUGGACCCAAGCGGCGAAGUUGUUUGUGCAGGCUCUCUCGAUUCUUUUGAUAUUCAUAUCUGGUCAGUGCAGACCGGACAGUUACUCGAUCGAUUAGCAGGACACGAGGGCCCAGUCUCUUCCUUGGCGUUUGCACCGAAUGGCGGAGUAGUCGUCAGUGGAAGUUGGGACCAUACAGUCCGAAUUUGGUCAGUGUUUGAUCGCACACAAACUAGCGAGCCUCUCCAGCUCCAGGCGGAUGUGUUAGACGUUGCUUUUCGACCUGAUUCGCGGCAGCUGGCGGUUUCCACUUUAGACGGUCAACUAACGUUUUGGUCUGUCUCUGAAGCCGAGCAACAAUCAGGAGUUGAUGGGCGAAGAGAUGUUUCUGGUGGUCGGAAACUCACUGAUCGCCGAACAGCUGCCAACGCCGCUGGUAAUAAGAGCUUCAGCACUAUCCGAUAUAGCGCUGAUGGCAGCUGCGUGCUGGCGGGCGGAAACAGCAAAUAUAUAUGCUUAUAUUCCGUGUCAUCAUUAGUUCUUUUAAAGCGCUUCACAGUCAGCAUAAAUCUUUCGCUAUCUGGGACACAGGAGUUUCUCAACAGCAAAAUGAUGACGGAAGCGGGACCACUUGGUCUCAUUGAUGAGCAAGGGGAGGCCUCAGACCUUGAAGACCGAAUUGACAAGUCCUUGCCCGGGUCAAAACGAGGAGGCGAUCCAUCAGCUCGAAAACGCAUGCCUGAAGUUCGGGUAACAGGCGUUACAUUCGCCCCUACAGGUCGCUCUUUCUGUGCUGCGUCAACUGAGGGACUUCUUAUUUAUAGUCUAGACACAGAACCAUUAUUCGAUCCCAUCGAUCUAGAUUUGGCCAUCACUCCAGCAUCAACCAUAUAUGUGUUGGAAAAGGAAAAAGAUUAUCUAAAAGCCAUCGUGAUGGCGUUCCGCCUAAAUGAGGCACCGUUAAUCCGUCAAGUCUUCCAAGGCAUUCCACACAGCAACAUCGCCCUCGUAGUCGACGAGCUACCUGUCGUUUACAUACCCCGACUCCUCCGUUUCGUGGCCAUGCAGACUGAAGAAUCUCCACAUUUAGAAUUCUGCCUUUUGUGGAUUCAGGCGAUAUUGGUCUCGCAUGGACAGUGGGUGAGUGACAAUCGUGGCUCCGUCGAUUCAGAAUUAAGAAUUGUGAGUCGGGCUGUGGGGAAGAUCCGUGAUGAAUUGAGGAGGCUAGCGGAUGAGAAUGUUUACACUAUUGAUUAUCUGCUCAGUCAGCCGGAGCCUAAAGCAAGUCUGCAAAAUGGAGGCGAAGAAGGACUGAAGAGCAUCACAGAUGGCUCUGCUUUAGACGAAGAUAUGGAUGGUGAAAAUGACGAUGGCGAAUGGAUUGGGUUAGAUUAG